UUUUGCCCGGUCGCUCGGAGAGUCGAGUUUGUGCAGGCUUAAGUUGCCACUGGUACGAUCACGCAUCUGGUCUCAGUGCGCUCUGCUUGGGCUUGGAGUAGUGUGUACAUGUAUGCUGAUGCGCAGAAGAGCUUUAAAAUGCUCUAAUGUGAUGCAGGUUGCUGAGUAAUUCGUUUAGACCACCAAGCGAAGUGAAGUGGACUUUGGAUUGAUGGACAGGGACUACUCAUGUGUGUCUGUCUGUGGGACCACAUCUGACACCAGCCUGAGAGGACAAUUUAAUAAAUGUUGCUUUACCGUCUGGCGGUCGUCGCCAGCUCUGCAGGACCUACAGACGUCCACGCUGCAGAUCUCUCUGUGCCCAAAUCAGCGCUUCCAACCUCGUUCCCGCACACCCCUCCUUGGCACCGUCUUUUAAUGAGACUGGGGCUGUUACCGAAUUCUCUGUCCAUAGUGUUCUUCAGUUGCCUGCAUACAUACUACACAUCACCCCAGACUUCAAGUGUACCUUGGACGAAUUCAGGAAGUGUGCAGUAAUGGCUUCCUCUCCUUCCUCUACGAGGAAAUAAUCCAAAUGUUGAUCAGUUCUCAGGACAUACCAAAACGCUAAUUCAGGAUUUAAAAAAAAAAAAAUCUUUUUAAAUAAACAAUCCAAAUCCAGAAGAGAAAAAAAAAGUGCAUGCACAAUGAGCUCAGACAGUUUUCAGUACCGUGCACUGUAUGAGUACAAGCGAGAGAGAGGAGAUGACAUCUCCCUGCAGCCCGGAGACCUCCUUACUGUCAGCAAGCUAGCAAUUCUGACCCCGGACUACCAGGAGGGUGAUGAGAAGAACCCCGCGGGCUGGCUCCAUGGCACAAACGAACGCACCAAAGAGAAAGGCAACUUCCCGGGGACGUUCGUGGAAUACGUCGGGGUUGUGCGUGUGGGCCUACCUGCAGGAAAACCCUGGCCUAGACCUGUUCCCCCAACCCCUGGAGGACCCCAAACACCUGUAGGACCCCAGCCUCCAGGAGCUUGCGCUUCAGGGGGCUGUGGGUUGGGGGAUUCUCUGGAGCAGUGUACCGUGCCGGACCAUGCCCCAGCCGUGGUGCUCAGACUCAUUGAGGCUCUGGAGAGACCGGGCUGGGAAAAUGAGCCUCUCUACAGAACCCUGUUAGCUUCCAGUGCACCGCUCGACCUACAACAGGCUCUGGACACAGACCCCGCUGCAGUGGACUGUGAGCAGUAUGACUUGGCCGUGUUGGCUGAUACUCUCAGGGCUUACCUGCAGGAGCUGCCAUGUCCCAUCAUCCCAUCUGUGCUCUACAGUGAGCUGGUCUACACUGCUCAGGAAAUAGCAAGUUUGGAGGAUUGUGGUCAACAGCUGAAGAGGAUCCUGGACUCCCCCAGCAUGCCGCAGUCUAACCACCAGCUCCUGGUCUAUCUGACCUGUCACCUCAGCAAAGUGACUCAGAGUGGAGGAGCUGCUCAGGCCAGUGCCAGGUUUCUGUCUCAGGCCUACAUCGAGCUGGUCUUUAAACACAGCCAUUUCAGCACGGAUGUGAACCCGGAUCAUCACGUGAAGAUUCUGGAAGCCCUCAUCGUCGUGGGAGGCCUGUCUGAGAUGCAAGCUGCCCCAGCUCUUCCUCCGAAGCCGGCCAAACCCAUGACUCCUGUGAACAGUAACGGUGUGAAGGAGGCCGCAGGGAGCUCGUUGCAGGAAGCCGAAUGGUACUGGGGAGACAUAUCAAGGGAAGAGGUGAACGAUAAACUGCGAGACAUGCCAGACGGGACCUUCCUGGUACGGGACGCCUCGACUAAAAUGCAGGGAGAUUACACGCUAACUUUAAGGAAAGGCGGCAACAAUAAGCUAAUAAAGAUCUACCAUCGUGAUGGCAAGUACGGUUUCUCGGACCCGCUUACCUUCAGUUCGGUGGUGGAGCUCAUCAGUCACUACAGACACGAGUCUCUGGCUCAGUACAACACGAAACUGGACGUCAAGCUCAUGUACCCCAUCUCCCGCUACCAGCAGGAUCAGCUGGUAAAAGAAGACAACAUUGAUGCUGUGGGGAAGAAACUCCAGGAAUAUCACAAUCAAUAUCAGGAAAAGAGCAAAGAGUAUGACCGACUGUAUGACGAGUACACAAAGACUUCGCAGGAGAUCCAAAUGAAGCGCACGGCAAUAGAAGCCUUCAACGAGACCAUCAAGAUAUUCGAAGAGCAAUGUCACACUCAGGAGCGCUACAGCAAGGAAUAUAUCGAGCGCUUCCGCAGAGAGGGCAACGACAAAGAAAUCGAAAGGAUAAUGAUGAACUACGCCAAGCUCAAAUCGCGACUAGGGGAGAUCCACGAAAGCAAAAUCCGCCUGGAGCAGGACCUGAAGACACAAGCGCUGGACAACAGGGAGACAGACAAAAAGAUGAAUAGCUUAAAGCCAGAUCUUAUCCAGCUGAGGAAAAUCCGAGAUCAGUAUCUUGUCUGGCUCAAUCACAAAGGCGUACGUCAGAAACGAAUAAAUGACUGGCUGGGCAUCAAAAACGAGAACACAGACGAUACUUACUUUGUGAGCGAAGAGGACGAGAACCUGCCACACUACGAUGAGAAGAGUUGGUUCGUUGGGGACCUGAACCGCACACAGGCUGAGGAUCUUCUGCUGGGCAAGCCAGACGGAGCCUUCCUCAUCCGCGAGAGCAGCAAGAAGGGCUGUUACGCCUGCUCUGUAGUUGUGGACGGAGAAGUGAAGCACUGUGUGAUCUACAGCACGCCGCGCGGUUACGGCUUCGCUGAGCCAUACAACCUGUACAGCACUCUGAAAGACCUUGUUCUGCACUAUCACCAGACCUCGCUGGUCCAGCACAACGACUCGCUCAACGUGCGCCUGGCCUACCCCGUCUACGCACAGAUGCCCUCAGGCCCACGCAGAUGAGGCCCCGCCCACUCCAACACACAUACAUACACACACACACACACACACACACGUCCCUACAAACAAAACAAAAUCCAACACGACAAACACUUGCUGCAGCACACACACACACACACACACACACACACGUCAGCCACCUUCGGAGUUCUAUAUUUUUACUAGAACAAUUUGGAGGGCAUUCUUUCUAAAGACUGCUUGAUUUGCACAAGGAAGUUUUAAAUGUUUGUGAAUGUGAAAAAAAAGACAGAAGGAAGCAGAAGAGGCGAGUUUCAGGUGACCCACGCUGCUACCUAAACUCCAGCUGGGACUUUUUACAUGCUUCUUGAUUUAAAGCUUUUUUUUUCUUUCUUUCUUUCUUUUUUUCAUAGUCAUUCAUUUGUUCAUUUUUAUCCCUUUCUCCCAUCCUCCUUUACUAAGUGCAAGGCAGGAAAAUAUAUGUUUGGUUCUUCUCUCUUUCUCUCUCUUUCCCUCUCUCUCUCUCAUUGUGUGUAUGCUGAAAAGGCAAAUGUAUGUAGCAAACAGACGCCUGACACUUUCCAGAGUGUUGCUCACAGUAACUGCUGCUGAACAAGGGAUUGUGGGAGGGAAUGGAACAGGACAGGGGGGGUAGGGUGGGCUGGGGGACAAGCUGAGAGGGCACAAGUGAAAAUAUGUCUUAGUCUUAAACAAAACAAGCUUGCUUUUAUAUGUUAAGAGGGGAGCUGUUUGAUUUUUUGUUUUGUUUGCUUUUCUUGCUGGAUCUGAUCUGUUGGUUUUUUUUUUUGUUUGUUUUUUUAAAAACCUUUCUGAGCAGUUAUGGUGUUACAGUCCAGUGCAGAGACCAAAGUUAGCAUAGGGAGGAAGUUCCUUUAUGAUUUUUUUUCUUUUCUUUGUUCUGUUAAUUUGCUUAAUGAGAACGAGAUGAAAGUGUUAUUUCACCCUAAAACCUAAGACUCGGUAACUAAAGCUCCAGACAGAAAUAAAGAUUAUAGUUUUCUUGACUGGAUUUUUUUUUUCUUCUUCUUUUAAUAAAACUGUCGUUGACUGACUUUUUUUUUUUAUACGUGACUCGUAGAAUCAUAAACAAUGAUGAGAAUUUGAUUAAAAAUCAAGCCAGUCAAGGAAAUCACAGUCAGCUGCAGCUCUAGUUAUUAAGUCCAAAUGGGUUUUAGAGAAAUGUCGCUUCUGCUAAUGCUUGUGCUAAUAAAACUGCAAACCACACAUGAAAUAGAGUUCGGGCCUGGGUCCUACGCCGAAACGCCAAGUUUUCCUACCAAAAUGGAUGUGAAGCACUUACUUGACGUGAUAAAAUCCUGCAGUGGCAUGAUUUUUACACCAAAUUAAAACAGAAAAAGAAAGACAAAAGCAGCAAGAAACACUAUUUGAUGUGUGGUUGUUUAAAAUAAUACUGAAUCUCUGUUGAUUGUUCAAAACAAAACGACUUGUUUAUCUGUUCAGCUCUGAUUGAUUCGGCGUACGAGAAGCAGUGGGUCAGCGAUGAGAAAGACUUGCUUAAGGUGGUGAAAAAUACACAAACUUGAGAGUGCAAUCCAACACGUGUCUUGCUAACAUGGAGGUCUGACAAAAUGAGCUCUGAGCGAUAAUCACGUGCAACACGACCCCUUUUGGAGAAAAAAAAAAAGCUUCUUUUUCUACCUGGUGCUUCUUAUAACGAGUGAAUGAUUUCGUUGUCGAAAAGAUAAAUGGGCAACAUUCGAACGUUUGGCUACUUGUUCGUGUUCACAUCGCACAAUAAAACCUUUUCAGAAAUCACAUCACAGCGAAAUGCACAAUAUUCUCUGAUUUAUACUGGCCACAUCAUCUCUCAUUCGCACUGGACUCGUGUCUUUCCCUGCUGGCCGUUCCAGUUAUCGUGGGUUUUUUUUUUUUUUUUGGUCCACGCUCCUCCUUUAAAGCUAGAUCAGCCUGAUUUACUGGCGCUCGAUUGCUUUUUGAUGUCAGUUCUCACACACGGCAUGGGCAGCUGAAGGAGCGUAACGUGCUUAUUCCUCCUUUCUAAACUCUAUGCAUUACGUCCACCUCUGUGUCACACUCGCUCCUCUAUAUUGUACUCCGCACCAGAGAGGUUGUGAAAUGUUAUUCACAAGUUUACGUACAACAAAAAAAAAAAGGUCAAAUGCACAGUCAGUAUUCCUGUCCCCUCUGUUAUAUCAGGAGUUAGUGGUCAUUCUAAGUGUCUGAACCUGGACGGCGAGGACGGGUCAGGUUGAGCAGAGCUGACGGGACAGCAAGGCCGGCCACGGUUUAUCUGUGUCCUCGUCUUACACCGCCAGCCGAUCGCCGCGCCGUCGAGCGCGUAUGCGUGUGCUUUAUCUGUCUUCCCUCUUCACGCCCCCGAGUGUACGGCUUCGAGAUAAAAACCACAUUCAGGCCCCAAGUCCUUGAUAGAAGCCACAUGUGCUCACAGCUUGUGACUUGAAGCUGGCCAGACAGUGAAGGAUUCCUUUCCCUCUGUCCUCUACAUUGCAGCCCUUCCUCUGCCUCGCACCAUGGCAACUAGCUUAAGACCAAUAGAGCUCCUUGUGACUGUGUCACGGCUCUCGCUAGGCUGUAAUUGCUGAGGAAAGAGCAGCUUCCUAGUGCACGCUGGGAAAUUUGGAGAAUGACCAACGUCUCCACACGAACAUCUCCAGACAUCCACUUUUCAAACCCCUUCCCAACAAAUACUUGAUUUCCUCUUCUGCACUAUGACCCCCCUACGCAUCGUGGCGACCCUGUUCACGUGCAAACGGGGUUCGCUUAUUUUUUCGACUGUCUGUCAAACUUUUAUAGAUCAAAGAUUCUAUUUAGCGUCUCUCUCUAUUAUUUUUUUUGUUGUUGUUUUCCUCUUUUUCAAAGAUGCAGAUUGUCUAACCUGGGCCGCUGACAGGUCCGCUCUCUAUUACUUGAACUAUUGCAUUGCUCACUGUUGAAUGUCUUUAUAUUGCAUAUAUACAAAUAUAUUAAAGAAGAGGAAAUCCCUUUUACGACAGCCGAGUUCGGAAUAUAUGUAAACGCAUUUAUUCACAGACACGACUUCAAGUGUUUGGUUGUUUCUUAAAGGGGUUUGCUUUAAUUGAAAUACGACUGUUUAUUGGAUUCUGCUGUCCAAUAUUGCACACAUCAUAUUGAAGAGACUUUAUAGAACAACAUUACAAGGCUGGCGACAGAGUGGGGGUUUUUCUGUGUGUGUGUCAUACGACUCAUCAUGUUCGUACGUUUAUUGAACAGUUGUUAAGGCUGAGUUGUAAACUUUUCUUUUUUUUAUUCCUGGCAUUGAGACCAAAAAUUUGAGUUUGGUUUGUUUUCUUCUAGUGUUGCUUUUGAGCGAAUGCGUAGUGGGUUUUUUUUCUCUCCCCCAAGUGUUUUUUUUUUUUUUUUUUGGUCUUGCUUCAAUGAAAACUCAAGGUGAUAGAUAUACUGGUGGGUUCUAUUUUUAUUUGUCUUAUAAAAAGGAUAACAAACUAUUGUGAGUAUGAUUAUUAAUGGGGUUUGUCAAUUCAGACUGUUGAAGAAUCUGACAGUUUCAAUAAAGGGGCAAAAUCUUUCCAUUCAGAAACUAUUUUACACCUAAACCAGUUUAAGAAUAAACCUGAGGUUCAUCUUUUUCAAUUUUAUGAAGUGCUUGAAUAGUGUAGUGUGCCAUCAGUGUUUUCAUUUCGACCGACAUCUCGAUGACACGCAUCGCACCACCGAAAUCCUGUUUGUCGCUCUUUUUCUCACAUUCAGAAAAAGUUGAGCCUAGCUGGAAACCUGGAUUUUCUCUCCUUUGGACACUUGUACAGAGAGAAAAGCAAGUAUCUAGUGUAUCUAGCAAUUUGUGGUUUGUCUUUAAAAAAAAAAAAAAAAAAAAAAAACAACAAA